AUGCAAUCCUUCUUUUCACAUCCAUUACUACCAUUCGUGCUGAAUGACCUUUAUCAGCUUGUCGAUGAGCUUCUCUCACUUUUGGAACAGAAACUUCUUCAAACCCACGUUCGCCAUUCAUGCCUUGAGAUCCUUCGUUCGAUGUGGUGUCUCGAGCCACUCUCUCAAGAUCCUCAAUAUGGACCUAGUCUGUCUACAUCACCGCAUUCGCGAACUACUCAACUUGUCCAUUCUAUGCGCCCUCUCACAGUUCUCUGUUCCCCCCAUUCGCAUUCCAUGGCUCGUCUCCUUCGCUUGAUCGCUACCAAGCCCCCUAACAGCUGCCGCGACGAUACUUCUGCUUCAGGAAAUCUGGAACACACUUUUGCUCGAAUGGAUCUGAUCAGCCUUUUUUCCAGUAUGUUUAGUUCUACAGAUAGCAUCACACCAUCACGCUUUUUCGUCUGGCCACUACAGCCCCGACAUUUGUCAAUAUCAGCCCUCAUUAAUCUACAAAAGAAUGCUGCUUCACCUGCCUCUGCCGAAAGCCCUAACGAGCAAGUUGAUCUGCCUGUGUUUUCUGGGUACAAAAAUGAUGCUCCAUCAAAUAAUUUCAUCAGGCCUCUUCCUCUUAAUACUGAUUACACUUGCCAAUCAACUUCAUUAAUUAGCAAUACAUUUGCAUUUGCUUCUUCCCGACUUUCUUCAUCCUCUUCUCGGGCUUCAUUUUCUUUCUCUGGCUCUACACCUUCGUUUGGCCUCCCUCCUGAACAGAUUGGAGCGAAGACUCUUGGA